CCGGUCCUCGAAUCUUGCCAGAGCUGCCCGCAAAGCAGGAUGUCGUCCCUGCACAAGCUGGCGAUUCGAGGAUACGUUCUUUGAUGACAAACAGUUGCUGUCAUCGAAUUCUUCUCUCCUGUCACCGUCAUUGUGGGACAGAACGGUACGGGAAAGACGACGAUCAUCGAGUGCUUGAAGUAUGCAACGACGGGCGACCAGCCACCUAACACGCUGUGGAGCGCAUUCAUUCAUGAUCCUAAAUGGCCAAUGAGAAGGAGGUCAAGGCUCAGGUCCGAUUGCGGUUCAUCGCUGCCAAUGGGCAAAAUGGUUGCUCUCCGAAAUCUCAGUGUGACCGUGAAGAAGACGGGCUCACGAUGAAGACGUUGGAAAGCGUUCUCGCACUCGAGAACAAUAAGGAAACCAGUGGCAAGCGCGCCGUCAUUUCGACGAAAUGUGCCGAACUCGACGCGGAGAUACCUCAAUUACUUGGAGUGUCUAAGGCAGUUCUAGAGAAUGUCAUUUUCUGCCAUCAGGAGGACUCCUACUGGCCACUGGCCGAGCCCGCUGCGUUGAAGAAGAAAUUCGACGACAUCUUCGAGGCUACAAAGUAUACCAAGGCCCUCGACUCCAUCAAGUCCCUUAGGAAGUCGCGUUGCCGAGCUCAAGCAGAGAAAGAGCGGCUCGAGGGUCUUUCGCGCGAAAAGGCGCACUCCGACAAACUGAAGACACGCGUUGCAGAUCUGAACAAAGUCAUCGCUGACAAAGAGCUGGAAUAUGAGGACACGAAGAAGUCAGUGGAGAGCCUUGAGGAAAGCAAGUCUCGGGCUCAGGCUGAUUUGCAGGAGGCGCGCAUCAAUCUACAGGACUUCCUGCGAUCUAAUGAAGCAGCGCCACAAACUCGAGGCCGAGAGCGAAAGGCGGAAAACGUGGAAAAUGAGCUCAGCGGUGCCCGGAAACAGUACACCGAACUGGCGCAGCAAGUAGGCAUCUUCAAAUCCGAAUUUGAUUGGAACGAGAGCAAACGAUUCACGACAUCAGCGACAAUUCAAGAUCAAAGCUUUAGUUCUUCGGGCUUAGAGGCUGCCAAGAUCGUCGAGUUUACAAAUAAGAUUCAAGACCUGAGUCGCAAACAGCGUAAAACCGCUGAGGAUCUCAAACGUGACAGGAGAGCGAAGGAGGACGAAUUCAAGUCCAAGUCGGCUGAACUAACCGACUCGCUGAAUGCCUCGAAAGUGUCGCGUAACGCACUCCAACAUCAAUUACCUUUCGACGGCAAAGCCCUCAUUCCGGCGACUCGUCGGACUGAUCCACAAGAAGACACUUUCGAACGUGAAGUCGACCGAGUUCAACUCUCGGCGCAGGUCACGCAAGAGGGCAGCAAAGUCUACAAGGAAUUGCUGCGCACGGGAAAACAGAAGAAGGCUUGUUCUGCGUGCAACCGUCACCUCGACGAUCAUGAAUUGAUGGAGUUCGAGCGAGUGCUCCAAGCAAAGAUCACGAAAUACUCUUCAAGCAGCAAAGUUGUUCCUCAGGAAGAACAGGAUCAAUGGGAAGCCCUGCUGAAGCAAGUGCAAGCGCUUCAGCCCUUAGAGACCACGCGUGAUCGUCUCAAGACCGUGGAGAUUCCUGAGCUCGAGUCCAAGAUCCAGGAGCUCAACGCAGAGAUCCCGGGAGCCAGCUCUUCCUCCGAUUCAUUUUCGGAGAAGUUGGAUGACUUGAAACGCGAUCUCCGAGAAGUUCAAAGGUUGAAGAUGCAGGGCGCCAAUAUCUCUCGCUUGCAAAAAGAUCUCAAAAGAGCGACUGAGAACGUGGCCACGUCGGAGCAGCAACUGUCUGCAACAGGCUCAACCAAAACAGCAGACGAGGUGCAAACCGAACUGGAUGAGCUGAUGGCAGUCAUCCGGAAAACUGAGAAGCAGAAAGAAGGUUUGCUCAAGGAACGAGAGACUAGAAUGUCGGCCACGCGAGUGUACGAAAACGAACUGCACACGAUGGAGAUACAGUCGGUGGACAUCAGGUCCAAGAUCCGCGAGAAGGAAAGCCUUGAGAUGAGUAUUCAGUCCAUGAAGGAGGAGUGCCAGGCCCAUGCUGUUGGAGUCAAGGAGCAGGAUGAGAAGAUUUUGGAGCUUCAGGCUCCAAUUGAUGCUCUUUCUAAUGAGCACCUGCGGUCUCAACGAGAGUUAGAUGCGGAUAUUGUCGGUGCAGAAACAGCUUAUUCUGAGCUGGCGCAGAGAGUGGACCAACUGAACGGGAUUAACAAGAACAUCGAAUUGUCGGUGUUUUUCGCGCUCAACUGGAUCGUUUGUUCACCCCACUAUUUUUAUCUGCAGAUAUGUUCGCAACAAACGCGAUCAACGACGACAAGAAUGCAUCGAAAAGUCGGAAGAGGUUGCAACGGAAAUUCGAGAGUUGGAAACAAAUCUGGAAGCCGCACGCGAAACCGUCAAAGGCAUCGAGAAGGAGAUCAACGCUCGGGUUCGGCCAUGGCCACUGUCCGAGAGAACUUGCGUGUUCGUCGGCUGAUCAAGGAGAUCAAGACUAUCCAGGAGAACAUCGACAAGGAGGACAUCGCUGCUGCAGCCAAGGCCAAGCGCAACUUCACCGAAAAGUUCGCUAUCUACAAGGAUAAGGAAAACAGGCUGCAGACCGAAUACGCGCAUAUGGCCGGAGAGCUGAGUUCGAGCAGGAACCAGCUGAAGCAGCAGGAGUUGGAUCUCAAGGAGUUCAAGGAUGUAAACAAGAACUACAAGGACCAGUUGAUCAAAGUCAAGAUGUCUGACAUGGCCAACAACGAUCUUGAGAAAUAUGCGAAAGCUCUGGACAACGCGAUCAUGAAAUACCACAGUCUCAAGAUGGAGGAAGUGAAUGACAUCAUGAAAUACCUCUGGAAUAAGACGUACCAAGGAAGCGACAUCGACACUAUUCGUAUCCGUUCCGAUGCCGAGGGCGGUGCUACUAAACGGUCAUACAAUUAUCGGGUGGUCAUGACCAAGGACCAAGUCGAGAUGGAUAUGCGAGGCCGCUGUUCUGCCGGUCAAAAGAUGCUAGCAUCCAUCAUCAUCCGAUUAGCGCUAUCCGACUCGUUUGGGCAGAACUGCGGCAUUCUGGCCCUGGAUGAGCCAACGAAUGCCUUGGAUGAGAAAAAUAUCGAGGCUCUGGCUUCCAGUUUGAUCAGCAUCAUUCAUGAGCGCAAGAGUCAUUCCAACUUCCAGCUCAUUGUUAUUACUCACGACGAAAAGUUCCUUGCGAAACUUUCUCAGAGUGGCGUCCUCGACUACUACUGGAAAAUGGAGCGAGACGAGCGCCAAAACUCGUACAUUACCAGGAAAUCUGUGAUAGAAUACCACUGAAGUCUUCCAUCCUUUUGCUUCAUCUCAUCCUAUGCAUACAUUCUGUACUACUCAUCUGCUCUCUCAUGUACUCAUAAUCACCAUUUGGCUCGAAACA